AUGGAAGAUAAUUCCUACGAAAGCACAUGGGAAGUCCAUAGUGUACAGAAAGCAGGAGGUGGUGGUGCCAUUUUUCCCACCAACUCAUCAGAAAAUCCAGGACUUCAAAUCACCACAGUGAAGUUGGAUGGUUCCAACUACUUGAUUUGGGCACAGUCUGCCAAGAUGUUCAUUGGUGGCAAAGGCAAGAUUGGCUAUAUUACUGGUUCUGAGAAAGAGCCAGCUGAGUCAGAGAAGAUUUGGGAUUCAGUUCAACGCACUUAUUCUCAGAGGCAAAAUAAUGCACGAAUUUUCCAGCUGGGGCGAGAUAUCACCAGGAUUUCUCAGGGUGACUUGACCGUUUCAGGUUACAUCGCCAAGCUUCGUGCUAUUUGGGAGGAGAUGUCAUAUUAUGAUUCCUUCCACUCUUGGAAGGAUCCAGAUGAUGCAGUUUUAUAUGCAGGAAUUGUAGAGAAGAAUCGAGUGUUUCAGUUUCUUACCGGGUUGAACGACGAGUUUAAGUAUGCUCGUGAGAGCCGCCGGACUCAUCCAUUAGGUAUUGCUUCUGUUGAUCGUUCUGCUAUGGCAGUUCGGAUUCCCAACCUUUUAGGAACUUCACCAUCCCAGUCAGUUCAGAGCACUACCACCGGUCCUCUUCUGGGACGACAACGUGGACGGUGUGACUAUUUCGGAAAAAUUGGUCACAUCAAAUCUCGUUGUUAUGCUCUACAUGGACGUCCACCGCAACAGAAACAACAGCCUCAAUCCUCUGCACAUUCUGUUACACAACCAGUCUCGUUGUCAACUCCUGACAACCCUGCCUCUACAUCUUCUGCCACAGUUACCUUGACUCAAGCUGAUUUGGACAACGUAUCUACAUCUUCAACACCAUGGAUCAUUGAUUCUGGUGCUUCAGACAAUAUGACUGGUAUGUCCUCACUCUUCCAAUCUUAUAGUAUCUACUCUGGCCAACGCAAGGUCCGCCUUGCGGAUGGCUCUCCAUCUUCCAUUGCUGGGAAGGGUCACAUAUCAGUUACUCCUUCAUUAACUUUGUCAAAUACACUUCAUGUUCCAAAGUUGACUACAAAUCUUAUUUCUGAUCUGGUGUCGAAACGGACGAUUGGCAGUGGGCGUGAAGUGAACGGUUUAUACCUGUUGGAUGCUCCUUUGUCACUGCAAGCACAUUCAGCUUCAUUUUCUAAUAUUACUCAAUUUGGUCGUACCAUAAAAAAAUUCCGAUCUGACCAGGGUACAGAGUACACUUAUGGGGAGAAUGGUCGUUCUGAGAGAAAGAAUCGCCACAUCCUUGACUUAGCCAGAGUAAUCUGCAUUGGCAUAAAUGUUCUCCAGUCAUUUUGGAGAGACGCCGUUCUUACCGCUGUUUACAUAAUUAAUAGGACUCCUUCUAGGAUUCUUAACUUUGCAGCCCCACUCUCAAUCUUACAUCCCAAUUCAUCUCUAUUUUUGAUUCCUCCAUGA